AUGGAGGUGUAUAACCGCCACAACAGGAAGCAGUGCCUUAUCUGCCCACGUCUCGACACAUACCCCUGCGCCAAGUGCGAUUGUUCACACUAUUGCAGCAAGGAAUGUCAAGUGGUAGAUUUGCCAGUCCACCGUACCAUCUGCAAAUCAUUCGCACAGUUCAAGGAUAAACCCAGCCCAGCCGUAUGUCGUGCCAUCUACUUCCCGGUCGACCGUCCCAAUCCCGAGUUCGUGUGGCUGGAGCUGGAUAAGCAAUAUGCUUACGAUCAACCUGACCUUGCCGCGAUGCGAAAGUCCUUCUUGGGAGAUUCGGAAGACUACCUGUGGCCAAUCCAGCUCAACGCAGAUUUUGUCCGCAUGACGAAGGUCUAUCCUCAUAUCAUACUCGGCUGCGGCUCNAAAGAUGCUCCAGCCAACCAAAGCAUCUCAACUUUGAUUGGCAAGGAGUCAUACGGCGUGAGAGGGCCAUUCAUCGCUUAUGGCCAAGUCAAGGUAAUCAAAGAAGAUGGCGAGAAGUACCCCGUUGUCACAGAUCUUGACACAACCGACCUUACCAUCCUCACCAACUACUUUCUGGGACGCCAUAAACACGAUGAAGCAACCUUGGACAGCGUGCGUAUCUACAGCAACCGUAACAGCAGACCAGGCCACCGUUUCAAUGCUAACACCAUCAUGUCCACCGUGGCAAUCUGCAACGGUGACCUCGGUCUUUGGUCUCCCAUCUCCAUCUUCUUUGGCAUGCCUCUUGCCGUCAUGUUCCAGAUCCCUCUAAGAGACAACCAGAAUGAUACCCCGAAUAUUCGCGAGCAGAUUGAUAAACUCCGGGCUCAGAUGCCUCCAGAUUCUGGCAACAGAAUAGCAUCACUCCUUAUGGUCGACAUGGGCAUGCGCAACGACUCCUUCGCUCAAGAUUUUGGCACAAUACCUUCUGAGUACCCCGUGGGAGACGCUAUCGUCAUUCGCAAAGACCAGAAGCCCUUGAGCCCAGCCUACCUGCAUGCUUUCUGCACUUGGAUCGAAGAAGACCUGCUCCCCAAAUUCACCGAUGCCAACAUGCAGAUCAAGUACGCCUUGGCCACUGAGCUUGAUGAGGAGGAUCCAAAGAACGGGGAACGAGCUUGUUACUUGAGCAUGCUGCGCCAGAAGAUGUGGGACCGCUGUUCCAGAACCAGAUUCAAUGCUUGGUGCAAGGAGAAGGGAAUCAACAUGGGUCAGCUGGGUCAGCUCUGA